AUGGAGGAUUACCGGGUUGCUAUUUCCUCAUACCCAACGUCCGGUAGGGCAAAUCCGGCACCGUCUUACCCGGCCGGCGGUCUAACCUGCCUCGGAUUAGCAGGGGAACCCGUCGGUCAGGCGACAAACGCAACAAGGACGAAAACGACAGGAGGGAAGCAGGGGCCGGGAGGCAUCGAGGUGCCGGCCACUGUGCUAUGCAAGGACGCCGGCGAGGGGGCACAAGUCACCGCAACGGCAGCGGGGGGCGGAGAGAAGGCGCUAGAUACAGCAUCCAACCCGUGCCUCCUACCUCAGCGGAAUAAGAGGAAAGGUGAAGAGCUGACCCCACCGGAGGCAAAGCAAGUGUCAGACGGAGAGCUCUUUCAACCGACGAAGCUCAGGGAGAAACCGGAACGAAACCCGAGAGAGCACAGCCGAUGGGCGGACCUAGUCUUCACCACAGACGAAGAGACGUCGGAGAUGGCUCCAUCCGAGGAAGAGGCAGUGGACAGGGAACGGGUAGGACUGCGCCCGCAGGGGAAGAAAAGGCGCAAGGCCGCCCACAGGUUAGUACACCCUGAAGACAACUCAGUAGCUGGGUCAGAGGCCAGUACGCUCGGACCGGGCACGAGUAAGGGGGAAGGCUAUGCGCCGCUACCCAAGACACCGCUACCAGUGUCCAAAGAAAAGAAGGCCGCACUUCCAGACGAAGGAUCUCCGGAGGGAGUGGGUCUGGCAAAAUACCAGGCGAUGACUGCGGCGGACCUUGGUUCCCAAAUUCGGGCCUGGCUGGAAGAGAUGGACGGCAUCAGGUUUCGGUGCAAAAAUAUCCAGGGACAGCUCAGUGGGGGCAUCAAAAAAAGAGUGGCCUGGGCGAUCAAGGCCCUAUCGCCUCUGAUCGCGAAAGCCCAAUCGGCAGGUGACCCUGUGAUACUGCAAGCACGCAACAAGGAGCUGGAGGCACAGCGCAGUGCUGCAGCCCAGGAGAGGGACGAAGCCAGACGGGAGCUCGCGGAGGGGCGGGGGGCGGAAAACACUACCGGGCAGUUGGGGAAAGAGGCGCGGACGCGUGCUCUUACGCCACUGGACGUCACGGUCACCGCGGCCUUGUCCAAGGACGCUACCACCUCGCAGCCAACGCCGGCUACCGGUAGCACCUCAGACUCUGGGCUGUACCUAACGGACGCCGAACUCGGACUUCUACCAGCUAGCGCCAGAGCCAGGGAGGAAGCCCUGGAACGGCAAUGUACCGCGAUCGGUGAAGUCUGGAAAGAAUUGAGGAGGAUGUCCAGCCAGAUCCAACGCUUGGAGGGCGGAAGUAGAGUGGAGCCACCGCAGCCCCAGAACAGCCAGAAUCCACCCGGCACCACAGGGUACGCUAGCACGGUCCAGGAUGCCCAGAAGGAGGGGCCGAGCGACCUUAAAGCGGUAGCACCGCAAAGCGGGGUAGACGAGGCCCCAUGGACAACAGUCACCGGCGGUGGAAGGGCGCGAAAACUCCCCAAAAAACGCAAGGAGGAGGAAAACAUCCUAAAGACCACAACGGAGGCCUUGCAAAGAGCGUCAGACCUCACUGAGAUACCUCAGGAGGGUGGGGUCCCAAAUUCGAACGGUACCAGGAGCGCGGGGAGCCGCAAACCACCCAGGACGGCGGCGAUAGCCAACACGGGAGUGGCGCAGGAGGUCCCAUAUGGGGACAUCCUCAGGAAGGUGCGGGAAAAGCUGGCGCAGAAUAACGUCGAAAUUCCGCGCACCAGGGUCCGCAGGGCUGCAAACGGGGGGGUUCUCCUAGAGAUCUCGGGCCCGGACAAGACCAAGAAAGCGGACGAGCUCGCGUCCUGCCUAGGCAAAGCGGUGCGAGAGGAAUGCGGCGAUCGCGUGUACGUCACCCGCCCCACCAUGAAGGCCGAACUCCGGAUCAGAGGGCUCGACGACUCGGCCACGAUGGAAGAGGUGAGGGUCACCCUUGCCAAAGAGGGCGAAUGCAGACCGGAGGAUGUAAAAGUGGGUCCGCUCCGCCGUAUGGCGAACGACCUCCACAGUGCCUGGGUGCAAUGCCCGCUCGAGGCGGCUACGAAGGUGGCCGACAAAGGGAGAUUGCGCAUUGGCUGGACGUCUGCGCGAGUCGACCUGCUAGACGCCCGCCCGAAACAAUGCUAUCGCUGCUGGAGCUUCGGGCACAUCAGCGCCGCGUCUAGGACACCAGAGCACCGCAGUGAGGCGUGCUACAGGUACGAAUGGGGUCUGGGCAACGCCCGGCUGCGAGGGAGCGGGGUCGGGGGCCUGCAACUAAGACCGGUGAAGAUGACCAGGUUCCUCCAGUGCAACCUGAACCAUAGCCAGCGGGCCCAAGACCUGCUGAGCCAAUACGUGGUUGAGGCGGGCGUGGACGUGUGCCUCAUCUCCGAGCCCCACGGCAUCCCGGAUUCGCCGCACUGGCUCAGCAGUGAAGACAAGCGGGCAGCGAUCACCUGGAGGCCACAGAGCCUCCAACAAAGGUGCUGCCUGAUCAAGAAAGCACAGGGCUACGUGGCUGCCAGGUACGGAGAGGUCAUCGUCAUCUCAGCAUACAUCUCCCCAAACAUCCGCAUGGAAGAGUUCAGGGGCUACCUCAAUGACCUAGACCAAGCCGUCCGAUCAGUAGGAGACGGGCGCGGAGUGCUGUUGGGCGGUGACUUUAAUGCCCGUUCACCAGCCUGGGACCACUGA